GGUAUACUUUGCAAAAAGUUGUCGUCGUUGUGUUACUUUGCACACAUUUAUACAAUAUAGUAUAUACUUCUGCUUUAAGCUUCCUUGUAGCAGUUGGAAAAGAGCAGGAGUUAUGGACGUGUCGCGGGGUGCCAGCCACGCCGAGGCUGCGCCCUCGACUGGUACCACGAUUGUAGCAUGCACGUACAAAGGAGGCGUCGUUCUGGGUGCUGACGGGCGAGUUAGCAUAGGGAAUUACAUUACAAACCGCGCAUCCAACAAGAUCGCACCCCUCGCGGAGUACAUUUUCCUAUGCCGCUCUGGCAGUGCACCAGACACACAGAUCAUUAGCGAUAACGUUAGACAUUACCUAGACCAGAUUAGCGCCGAGUCCGGGGAGGAGCCUACAGUGGAAAUGGCGGCUAACCUGGUCCGCUUGAUCAACUACAACAACAAGGACCACCUGGUGGGGGCCAUGCUGGUGGUGGGCUGGGACCGACACGGCGGGGGGCAGGUGUACGGCGCACCCAUCGGCGGCACACUGUCCAAGGAGAAGUGGGCGAUCGACGGGUCGGGCAGCACCUACAUCUGGGGCUACUGCGACAGCGAGUUCAAGGACGACAUGACCCGCGAGGAGGCGGAGCACUGGGUGAUGGAGGCGAUUGCGCUGGCCAUGACGCGCGACGCCUCCUCCGGCGGCGUCAUCCGGCUGGUGACGCUGGACGGCCGCGGCGCCCACCACACCUACAUCUCGGGGGACAAGGUGCCGCAGUUCGUGGGGGAUCUGCCCUUCCCCGCGGGGGCUUCGCCGGCGCCGUUUGGGGCGCCUGCGGCGCAGCAGCAGCAGCAGCAGGCGGCAGAGGCGGGCAUGGUGAUUGGGUG